UUGUUAGGGUUUCAGUAAAUCGCGGCGGCGGUCGGCAGUGUUAUCGAUUCCUACCUGCUUAGAGGGAGACGGUGGCAACUUUGGUUUCUAAGGAUCUGUGCUGCAAUUUCCUCCAAGAUCAGGAUCAGUGGUGCUAUCUACUCCAAGAUCUCAACACCAUCUCGACUAAGGCACUUUCUUUUUUAGCAUGGAUUCCAUGGCGGCUCUACCCAAGGACCCCCUCAUUGAGAUCUUCUCUCGUGUGGACAACAUCAAAGAUCUCUUCAUGUUCGCUGUGACAUGUCGGUGGUGGCUACACCGUUUCACCGACCCAGCCUUCCUCCAUGAACUCUGUCGGGGAAAGGCCGAGGACCACCACGUGCACCUCCUUGGGUUCUUCUUCCAUGAGACAACAUUCAAGCGCUGUAAGAGGAGAUUCAAGUGCGGCAAGAGGCAAAACUCCUUGGUCUCUGUGCCUACUUUCUUCCCGACACCAGGAUCACCGCUUGGUCCUACAGGUCGCUCACUCACUUCAUUCUUUGCUACCGUCGCUAAUGGGACCUUCACCUAUGCUGAGCCCCUCGUAGCACGCCACGGCAUCAUAUUGAUGAACCUCAUCCCCCGCACCUUCCGCGGCGCUCAUCAUAGCUUCAAAGACAUGAACAAGCCAUUACUCGUCGGCCUCUGCAAUCCUAUCAGCGGUGAGCACCAUGUUCUCCCACCCCUAGAGUUUAGUGCCAAUGUCUACUUUAGCUCAUUCGCCAUCAUCACAGCGGCCGACAACAACAAUGAAGGGCAGCGGGGCAACAUGUUCUCACAGUUGCUCGUCAUUAGCCGAUGUCCUCGGUCUGAUGCGGUGUACCUCCACUCAUACUCUACCUCUACAUGUUUUUGGAGCGCACCCACCAAAUGUCUAGACAAACAUCGCUUGUCCAUGUUGGGUGGGAGAUCUGCUGUCAUUCACCAGGGCAUGGCGCACUGGCUUUGUGUGGAUUAUGGGUCUAGGAAGCGUCGGGCCCAAGACAAUGACUUAUACAAACUAAGUGUGGAGGUGGGCACCACGCACAUCUCUUUGACAAAACUCCCAAUCCGUGAUGGAGGCUUGCCAGUCCUUUGUGUUAACAGAGACAACAAGCUCUUUGUUGCUUGCAUCUACCUUGGGCAUGUGACUAUUUGGACGCAACAAGAAGACGGCGAAGAGGAAGGUAAUGAAGGCACCCCUACACCAUGGCUCCACACCGUAAUCAGAAUUCCAGCGGCAGUGCUAGACCCAAACUAUCGCCCUCUAUGGCAGGGUGGCGCGAGGUGGUAUCACUUUAAUAAGGGAUCAUUGCUCGUGGUGUAUGACAACAACUCUGUCUUUGUCCUCGACCUCGAGGAGAAGGUGAUGGAAAAAGUUAAGGAUUGCUUGCUACCCCAAAGUGACAAUCAGGGUCGGGUGUUUGUGCCUUACCAGAUGGGCUUGGUGGACUUCUUUGGGUCUCGCCGUCCUGCUUUCCUAUUGGAUGAUUUGGAAGCAUAGGAAUGACAUUGUCAUGUUCAUUAAGCUCCACCUACCUUUGAACCUCGGCCACUCUCUUUGCAAAAAAGGAAACUGCAAUGGCCACCUACCAUACAUGUGUGUGACAGGUUCUGGUGUACUCUUCUUGUUUCGUAAUAUGUUAUAGUCAUCGAUGUAUGCUCAUAGAUCCUUUGUUAUCCCCCAAAUGUUGUAAUGUGGAAAUAAUAUGUAGUCAUUAAUGUAUGCCAUGUUUUAGAUACUCUUCCAUCCAUCAAAUGUUUUAAU